AUGGCCUCCAAAUCCGGUGUCGUUUUCAUGAUGCUUAACCUAGCCUUGUUUGCAUUUGUGUCAGCUAAUGCUGCAACUUGCCCUGACCUGAAUGUGUGUCUUGAGGUUGCCAAUGGAUUAGUGAGUGUCCAAUUUGGUAGCCAAACAAGGACUGAAUGUUGUCAACUGAUUCACGGUAUAGCCGAUGCUGAUCUUGCUCUAUGCCUUUGCACUAGCCUCAAAUACACUCCUCUCGGAAGCACCCUUGGUGGCCUCCUUAACUCCCUUCUUGGUGGUCUCCUUGGUGGCAGCGACCUCAUUAACAAGGAGCUUGUCGCCGUCGUUAAUGCCUGUGGAUAUAACAAUCCUACCCAAUACUCGUGUCCCGCCGUCUAUUGA